AUGCGUUCGCCAGUGAAAAAGGCGGAUGACGAUCAUAAACCCAGCCUGGUUCCAAUCCCCUCUGGAAAAUCGCGAAAUCGAAGUCUCCCUGUAGAUGAUAGUACGAACGAGAAGAAUCCGUUCGUCAUUCCGCCAGAUGCGGACAUGUUCAAAAUGCAGGAUGAUGAAGUGAAACGACAGGCGCAAUUCAGACGAGAACAGCGAAAUCUAAAAGUGCACGAAAAGCACACGAAUGCAACACGAACGUCCGAGCUAACGUCACGAAUGAGAAAAAUUGUUCUGGCAGAAGAACCCGACGAUGACGAAACGGAUCUUUUGGCGGAAGAUCGUGGGAUAAUAUGA